ACAAGACAACAACCUUUCCAUCUGAACCUAUCGACCAAACCACAGCCGCCAACCUCCUCAUUUCAACACCUACUUCCCAUUUUUCAUUCUCUUUGUUUUUUUUUUUUUUUUUUUUAAUUAUCGAGAAAAAGAAUACAAAAAUAGAAUCUUGUUUUUUUUUUUUCUAUACAAAAUAUGUUAGAGAUUGUGGCAGCUGAACGAUGGCCGGAGGCUAUAGUUUGUUCCUUGAUCUGAUUGGUUUAAAACCCAAUUGUUGUGUUCCUUCUUUCUCCUCCUUUCUUGUUUUUAGAUUUAAGAUUUAUUUUGAAGAUUUUGUUUGUCUGCGUAUCUAAGAGGUUUCUCAUACUUUGCAUCGAUCUCCGAAAAAUUUCAAAGGAGCUUUAUCACUAGGAAAGAUGAGGUUUAUCAAGAUUAGUAUAGCAAACCUUCAAUGGCGUCUUAUUCAACAUCAUCGGGUUCUAAAGACUUGACUCUAGACGUGUUUUUGAAGUUCAGAAUUACUUACUAGGCUUGCUUAAGGGGCGACACCACUAGGCACUCUCCACGCAUUUGAACAGCUCUCUAUCUCUCUCAAAACAAGUUUAGAGCAUUAGGCGCCCGAACAUAACAGACCAGCGACAAACACAGCACCCUCCGGUCUCAAAAAUCCAAGAUACCCAGUCCAUGGGGGAGUUCUCCGAUCAAUUUUCGCAGCCGUCAUGUGCAUUUGGAGAAGGCCAGUAUGCGAGACACAGUGAAUACAUGAGCACACAAUCACGUUUUUUCGAAGAAACGGAAAGUCAAUUACAAUCACCUCAAAGUCGGAGACAGAGUGAUCAUGUGGGCACUAGUUCUUUUUUCGCAGAAACACAAUCACAUUUCUUCAAUGAAAUUGAAAGCCAACCACAAUCACCUCAAAGUGGGAGGCACAAUGAUCAUGUGGGAACCAGUUCAAAUUGGGCUCAAAGCCAGCCCGAAUGGGGUCAAAUUGGGAGACAAAGUAAUUAUGUGGGCCUAUUAAUGAACGUGCCAGACAAUGUAGACGAACCAUAUAACAAAGUAUUAUGGGGUCAAAGUGGUAGGCAGAGUGGGUAUGUGGGUUACGAGUUUAACAUCCCGGGAAAUACAGAUUCCUUUGGCGAACCUUAUAACAAACUAUACUGGGGACAAAGUGGCAGACAUAGUUCGUAUGUGGGUAGCGAUUCACGUUUCGCAGACACACAAAGUUAUUUCGGAGACCAGAAUAACCAAACACAAGAAGAAACAUAUAGCUUUGUUGAUCGGUUAUUCUCGACACCCAUUACACAGAAUACACAAAAUCCACUGAACAACCCUGAACCGUUUACACACAACUUUUUCCAGAGUGAGUCAACAUCGUUUGACAUGAGUCAUUACUUAGGUCAGCUCCCUAAGUUCUAUCAAAGAUACGUUGUCAAUAUAAAAAAUGUACAGUCUGAUGGUAACUGUGGGUUUCGGGCACUGGCUGUUGCUUUGGGUGAAAACGAGCAAAAAUUCGAGUGGAUUCGCAAACUAAUGCUAGAGGAGUAUGAGUCCAGGCGCGGAUACUAUGAGGGUGCAUUCGCUGGUGACGCUAAACACAUACACACUUUGCUAUCAAUGUCUUAUCCAAAUGGUCGCCCACAAGAUUACUGGAUGAUGAAUCCAUAUUGCGCUAUGCUUCUGUCUAAUGCGUCGGGUGUAAUAAUUAGCUGUUUAAGUCUAGAGGAGAACAUCACAUGUUUUCCUUUUUGGAAGGGGCCAGGCGAGCUAUACAUAGACGACCUGAUAUGCAUUGCCCUGGUAUCGGGGUCGACACAUUUUGUUACGGUUUUUUUAGAUAAGGACUGCCCAAUGCCUUACACCUCAGCUUGGGGACAUGAUAAACCUUGGGGACAUGAUAAACCUGCAUCGCAGGCCUGGGUAAGACAUCCGAAGUACAAAGACCGUUUGGCUGAGUACCACAGACACAUUCAAGCUAAUAAGGCACCUACGGGAUAUGAGAUCCUUGAAUAGUUUAUUUAUAUCGUAUAAUUAUUUGUUUGUAAUUCUUUAACGUAUGUAAUAAUAGUUAUUAUAAGUA